CGCGCGGGCUGCGCUCGAGAUCCCGGACCCGGAAGUGGGACAUUGACUCACUGCUGGCGAGCCGCUGCCUCCCGCGGUAGAAUGAAGCAGAAAACAGUCGGGAAUUAGACACACAACAGCUGCACCUAUAUGUAACUCCCGUAUGUGGUGACCGGGUGAGUGUGUGAACACAGCUGCUGAGCGAAAAGCGCAGUCCUCAAGUAACUCGUGGAAGACGAAGGAAGACGCGAAGGAAGGAGCCGCCAGAAUGAUGGAGGAAAUGGACAGGUUCCAGGUGCCGACGGUCCACCCGGAGAUGCAGCCCUUGGACCCAGCCACGUCCUCCACCUCAGAAGGUGACUCAGACACCAGGGAGGGGGAGUCUGUGGCCAUCAACUAUAAACCAUCCCCACUCCAGAUGAAGAUUGAGAAACAAAGAGAGCUGGCCAGGAAGGGCUCACUGAAGAAUGGAAAUGUGGGUAGUCCAGUUAACCAGCAGCCCAAGAAGAACAAUGUUAUGGCUAGAACCCGGCUGGUGGUUCCCAAUAAAGGCUAUUCUUCUUUAGACCAGAGCCCGGAUGAGAAGCCUUUGGUGGCCCUGGAUACAGACAGUGAUGACGACUUUGACAUGUCCCGAUAUUCCUCCUCAGGAUACUCCUCAGCCGAGGUGAGAUGUCUGAGGGACCAGCAGAUCAACCAGGACUUGAAUAUCCAGUUACUGAAAGAUGGUUACCGGCUAGACGAAAUACCGGAUGACGAGGACCUGGAUCUCAUUCCACCCAAGUCCGUGAACCCCACCUGCAUGUGUUGCCAGGCCACCUCCUCUUCUGCCUGUCAGAUCCAAUAGCUCGUCUUGCUCUUCAUGUCUGCAGUGAGUUUACUUUGCCACUAGAGCAGCAGCAGUGAGCAAUGGGGCUUGAAGGGCUGGUGAAGGAAGUAAGAGCAUUAUUAUGAAUAACAGGAAAAACUUUCAAUGUAUAACUAAAAAGACAACAAAUAUUUAAAAAAAAAAAAAAAAAA